GAUGCAGCGUUUAUCAAUGGCUAUGAGAUUACUUGCCCAAGUUGACGUUAUCGAACAAUAUCAACCCCUUUCAAAAAUCCCCACAGAAAUCUAGAACAGCUUUUCAGGAGAAAUUACCAAUUUUGACCUAAUUAUCUUAUAAAAAUGGGACACGCCACGUGUCACCAUCUCCGAUCACUAAUCUUUAAGAGAUGCUCCCAGCCGUCGAUUCAUUCAUCUCUAUAAAUAAAUACUCCUCUUUUCGGGUCCCUCUGUUUCUCUAUCUUGUAAAGAUGGUGGGGCUGCUUCUUUAGGGUUGAAAAUCCUUUUGCUGCGAAAACCAUGGAGUGCAACCAAAAUCAAACCAUAGAAGAAAUCGACGAGAGCAUCAACAACAACACCACCAUCAUCAUCAUUGAAGAACAACAACAACAAAGCAACAACACCACCCCAAGUUUCUCACCUUCAGAGGCAACCGUAAUGGACCCCAACCAACCCAUGAAGGAAGAAGACUUAACAGACACGGAGCCACGAGAAUUUACCAACUCGACCCUCGUUCAUGGCCUCGUUCCAGUCAUGCCUGCUGCCCAAACCAACCGCUCUUUUGUCCCCAAACGCCCAUCAAAAGACCGUCAUACGAAAGUUGAAGGCCGUGGCCGUAGGAUCCGCAUGCCUGCCACUUGUGCGGCCAGGAUUUUCCAGCUGACCAGAGAACUGGGUCACAAGUCCGAUGGUGAAACAAUCAGGUGGUUAUUAGAACACGCGGAACCAGCUAUUAUUGAAGCUACAGGCACGGGCACGGUCCCUGCUAUUGCUGUUUCUGUUAAUGGCACUCUCAAGAUACCAACUUCUUCAGGGAAACAAGAUGGUGACUUGCCAAGAAAACGUAGGAAAAGACCGUCAAAUAGUGAGUUUAUUGACGUUAAUGAGCAUCAAAGUUCAGUUUCUUCAGGUUUGGCACCAAUUGCUCCAGUGACUUAUAGCAGUAUCAAUGUGAAUUCGCAAGGGUUGGUUCCUUUAUGGCCUAUGGGUACUUUUGGUGUUCUUCCUGCUGCUGCUGGUGGGGCGCCUGGUUCAAACCAGGCACAGUUAUGGGCGAUUCCAGCAACUGCAACACCGUUUUUCAACGUUGCACGUCGACCAAUAUCUAGCUUUGUGUCUGCUAUGCAGCCAGAGGUGCAGGGUUCCAGUGAUGGCACGAUGGGUUCGAGUGGUGUGCCCAGUUCUAAUUCAGGUACUACAAGCGUGGCUGGGGUUAGCAGUAGUAGUAAUGGUAAUAGUAAUAGUACAACCCAGAUGCUUAGGGAUUUUUCUUUGGAGAUUCUUGAUAAGAGAGAGCUUCAAUUCUUGGGUCGUCCUGCAAAUCACCAAACGCCAUGUUCAAAGCCUUGAGAGGAGGAGAAGGUUAGGCUUCUUGACUGUGAUGAUACAGAGUAAGAGUUUAGGGUUUUAGAAUGGUUUUUUUAUUUUAUAUUUUGUAAUUGUAGGACCAUAGGGAAAAAGAAAUUGCAAAGAACAGCAAAGGGCUUUGGUCGUUUCAA